CUUUAACCUGACAGCUCAUGGUCAGAGUAUUGCCUGCCUGCACCCGCCUUCAGGAGAGAGAGACAGCCACCAUACAGCUAUCUUGGCACCAGGGGCGGACUGAUAACUCAAGGGGCCCCCGGGCAAUAGGGGAUCAUGGGGCCCCUGUGUCCUUGCCCAAACUCAAAAAAGCCUAUGAAAAAGGUACCAGGGGCAUCUCAUGGGGCCCCCUACUGACCCCAGGCCCUCGGGCAGUUCCCGAGUUUCCAAAUGGUCAGUCCGCUCCUGCUUGG